ACAACAUCCAAUUCGAAACGGUCGCACCAGAUCUUAAUAUAUAUACCUUGGGUUAAGGAUUAAAGACUGUUGGUUACCUACUAAAGUUCUUUCCUUACCCAGGUUCAAUUGAACUUAAAUAUUCAUAUAUUACCCUUUUCGGAAAUGUCUCGAGCAAUUGGGUGAUGCAAUUGGUUGAUACCUUAUUCUCACUCUAAUCAUGAACCUCCAUCGACUCCCAUUCUGGCAACUCGGACGACACCUUAAACUUCACCCAAAGCCAUCUUCUCCGCAAUUGGCACGGCCAUUCUCAACCAACCCUACUUCUCGAUUCCCGAAACCUUUAAUAAAGUCAAAAUGCACGAAUCUAGAAUGUAACUCUAGAUCUAAAACGGCCAGAAGGGCCUAUUCGACAACCAUUUCUGCCAAAGACAUUCUCUUCGGGCAACCAGUCUACGAAACACACCCACACCUCCUCAAAUCGGGUGAACUUACACCAGGUAUCACCGCUCAAGAAUAUCAUGAACGCCGCGUCAAAUUAAUGAACAGCCUGCCGCCCAAUUCUGCUGUCAUUCUCCCUUCCGCGACUCUUCACUACCGUUCAGGCGCCGUCUUCUACCCUUUCCGCCAGGAAUCCAAUUUCUUCUACCUAACCGGCUUUUCCGAACCCGACUCACUCGCCGUGCUAACGAAGACCGGAGAGUCUGACGACUAUUUCUUCCACUUAUACUGCAGACGAAAAGACCCGAAAGCGGAACAAUGGAACGGGCCUUGGAGUGGCAUCGACGCUGCGAGGGAUGUGUGGAAUGCAGACCAAUCAGCGGAUAUUGGACGGGUUGAAAGUCUACUACCCGAUGCUCUCAAAGGGAUGCAGCAGAUCUAUACGGAUGCCGAGUUGACGAGCAACGGUGUAUUUACGAAGUUUGGCAACCUAUUGAGUUCAGCAGCUCCCAAAGUGAAGACGGCUCCCCUGAAGCCCUAUGUCAACGCCCUUCGUGCCGUCAAGUCUCUCGCCGAGGCGAACAACAUGCGACGUGCGGGACGAGAUUCCGGAAGGGCACUAACGGAGGCCAUGCGACGACCGUGGAAAUACGAGAAGGAGCUCGCCGCAUUCCUAGAAUAUCAGUAUCAGAUGUCUGGUCUAGACGGGUAUGCGUAUAUCCCCGUAGUAGCCGGGGGGCGAAAAGCGCUGCUAAUCCACUACGUCCUCAAUAACGGCACGCUGAACGAUUCUGAAUUUGUUCUUGUAGACGCAGGCGGCGAAUACGGGACUUACAUCACAGACAUAACGCGCACGUGGCCAAUAUCAGGAAGAUUCACCCCAGCGCAGAAAGACUUAUACAACGCUGUGUUACGCGCGCAGCGAUCGUCGAUCUCUCUCUGUCGCGCCAGCGCCAACGUCACGCUCGAUUCACUGCAUCGCAUCACGGAGAACGCGCUCUGCGACCAAUUACAGCAACUCGGCUUCGACGUGAGCGGCUCCCGCAUGGGUACUCUAUUCCCACACCACGUUGGGCAUUACAUCGGGCUCGAUGUACACGAUGUACCGGGGUAUCCGCGUAAUGUAGUCCUGAAAGAAGGACACUGCAUCACUAUCGAGCCUGGAAUUUACGUACCCGACGACGAAAGAUGGCCGAAGGCUUUCCGGGGCUUGGGGAUUCGCAUCGAGGACAGCGUGUACGUAGGGGACGAUAGCCCCUGGAUCUUAACUACGGAGGCGGUUAAAGAGGUUGACGAUAUAGAGGCGUUGAGAAACUAGAAACAAUGCGGGAUUACAUCGUAGAAUGAGUCACCGUCGAUAAACUCGAUGAAGCUAGCUCAAGAUUCAUACCGUUCCGUGAGAGCGGAUAAUGAGUUAUGUGGCAUGAGAUAAUAGACUUUACGACGCGUACGCAAGGGACGCAUAUGCCAUCAAGUAAGGCGUCUAAUUAACAUGGAUGGUUUAUUGUACAUUAUCCUAGAUACAUACACACAUGUCUAUCCACGGGUAGGCAAAUCCAAUAGAGGAUCACUUCUCAA